AUGACAACUGCAGUUUUGAAGGUUCAAAAUAACCUAGGGAAUUGUUUCAUGGGAAGGGCGCUAUUAGAUUCCUGUUCCACAGUAAAUUUAAUAACUGAAAAUUUUGCAAAGUCACUUAACAUUCCCAAACAAACUUGUUCGAUUCACGUUGGGGACAUCAACGGUUUAAGUACGUUAUCCAGACAUUACAUUAAAGCUACUUUUUCUUCCACUUGUAACAAGUUCAAACAGGAAUUGAAUUUUCUAACAGUGACAAGAAUAGCGGAGCUCGUACCCAAUGAAACAUUCCCACGACAUUUGUUCGAUAUUCCCAAAAAUUUACAACUGACCGAUCCGCAGUUUUACGUACCCAAGUCUGUCGACAUCUUGUUGGCAGCAGGUACUACCUUGUCCCUGUUGUCGAUCGGUCAAAUCAAACUUAGGUGUCAGGAGUCUCAAACCAUUCUGCAAAAAACUACGUUAGGUUGGAUAGUGGCCGGAGGAUCAGAUGUCCUCGUAACAUCUGCAAUGGCUUCUUGCAAUGUUGCAAAGUUAGACAAACUCAUUGAGCGAUUUUGGGCAAUUGGAGACUUCGACCACGAACCUUUGAAGUCUCGCGAUGACGUGGCUUGUGAACAACAUUUCGUUCAUAACACUCUACGUGACGACACCGGUAGAUACAUCGUACGACUCCCUUUUCGAGACAGCAAAUUUCAGGUCGGUGAAUCCAGAAAUCAAGCUUUGAAGCGUCUCUACGCGAUAGAGAAAAAAUUCGAGUCCAAUUCACAGUUAAAGUCGGAGAAUCACCAGGUACUCAAUCAGUACAUUGCGUUAAACCAUAUGACUUUGCGUGACGACAUCAAGGAGGGAUGUUAUCUGUCUCAUCACGCUGUGAUUAAAACAGCUAGCGAGACUACUAAGGUUCGGGUGGUGUUUGAUGCGUCCGCAAAAACGUCGACAGGAAUUUCUCUCAAUGAGGUUCUAUUGGUAGGUCCUACGAUUCAAAAUGCAAUCAUUGAACAGGUUCUCAGAUUUCGAACACAUACGUAUGUGAUAACCGCCGAGAUCGAGAUGUACUGGCAGGUCCUUGUCUAUCCGGACGACCGAAAAUUUUAA